AGUGGCCUGCCAGGCAUCCCAUAAUGUGCGCUGCAGCGAUGGGGAAGGCAAGAGGAGAUGAGGCCUACUUCCAGAGGAGCAGUCUGUUCUGCGUUACUGUCAUCAUCCUCUCUUUUGGCUAUUACACGGUGACUAGAUCUUUCAAAAUGGCGGCGAAGUCGGAGGCUGGCGGGGCUGCUGCCUCCUACUUCCGUGUAGCCAGACCCCUGCCCUCGCUGGUCACGGUCCUGAUGCUGGGAUAUUUCGGGUGGGUGCUCUUCUGGCCUGAGAGUGUUCCUUAUCAGAGCCUAGGACCCCUGGGCCCUUUCACUCAGUACUUGCUGAAGCAUUAUCACACCCUCAUGCAUGGUUGUUAUUGGCUUGCCUGGAUGAUUCACGUGGGAGAGUCGUUGUAUGCCAUUGUAUUGUGCAAGUCUAAAGGCAUCACGAAUACCCGGACCCAACUGCUCUGGUUCCUACAGACGUUCCUUUUUGGGAUGGCAUCUCUCUAUUACUUGAUUGCUUUUAGACCAAAACGCCAAAAACAAACUUAAAGAAGAUAUCCAAAAAAACUGAAUCACUUUAUUGUACACUUGAAACUAAUAUAAUAUUUUUAUAACCAACUAUACUUCAGUUUUAAAAAAAAUUUUAAAAUAAUUAAUUAAAAGAGAGAGAAAAUAUAGCAUAUAAAGUUCCUAGGGGGAGAAAAGAAGAUAUUCAAAAGCUUUCCCUGUACUUCGAUAUUCAGCAUCAUCUUUUUUGAGGGGUGCUGUAGUUAUUCAUGAUUCCCUCAUCAGCUUUAGUUAAAGUUAAGUAGAUAGUAGAAAAAGAUUUUAGCUUUCUAGUUACGCAGACUAAUGUAUUUGGCAGAGCGCUCCCAGCUACCUUCCUGUGGUCCUUGGCUGCACUGACAUUCUCCCUGUCACCUGCUUUAAGCCACAUACUAAGGUUGAGAUACCCUUGCUCACACCUUCUGAUUAAAACACCUUACCCUUACCACCCUUACCCUUACCAUCUUAUCAGCUCUCCUUUCCUCCAAUUUUUUUCUACCCACUUGGGCCAAAAUAGAGUGAGGCCUCCACAGCACAUAAUUCCACCCAGUUAUUGGACACCUGUGAGGCACACCUGUGAGGCAGGAUCUUCUCUCAGGCUCCCAUUUCACAUUACAGAGAAAGAUAAGGAAGACAAGCAAGUGCCUGGAAUGGGGUGGGCUGAGCAGGGACACAGAGGACAUGCCGGGAAUCCAGAAGAGAGGAUUGGAGAAUGCCUGUUCUGCCCUCCCAGCCAGAAGCGGUGUCCCCUUUCACUCAGGCCCUCCGACACAGUGCUCUGGAGUGUGCAGCUCUGACAGCCACUUUUAGGUCAGGACCGCAGUUUAGACAGCUUCGUUUUUAACCCUAACCCCUGUCCCAUCACCUCACACAGUGUUUACUCUGAUUUCACUUUGCACUAGUUCAGCAGCAUUCCAAUUUUAUCUGAAAACUGCAGGACCUGUACAGUGUACACCUGUCUCAGAGAAAAGCACAGGACUGCCCUUGACUCCCGUCUUUCUGUGGGGCUCCUACAGUGUGGGAAACCUGUAUCUUUCCACCCUUUCCUAUUAUUAAUUACUUUUCUCCAGACUCUGUAGAUGUGCCCCUCCUGUUCUGACUCACUCAGCCAUUCCUGUUCUAGAGAGUCUAGCUCAUGGUUCUCCAGCUAAUGACUACCCCUCUCAUUCACCUGGCUAUCUCUUAUGACUGUUAACUGGUUGGGGCAGAAGGGUUAUUGACUGUCGCUUCUAGGAGAUUGUAGGGUUCCUUUCCUGAAGGUCCCCCUGCUUGCAGGUUCACUAGGAACUAGACCGUGUUGUUUUUUUUCCAUGACACAGUACGUCAUGUUACGUUUUUUAAACUAAUAUUGGUGAGAAACAGAUCCCUCUCCCUGCUCCCCCCAAAAAAGAGGCUCCAGGUAAAACCACAGCCAUGAAAGAUGGUAGACUAUGAAUUGGUUUUGGUGGAGAGUGACUUCUGCACAAAAUUCUGGGUCUUUCCCACUGCUUCUUUUGUGAUUGAGGGGUUAUUAAUGGUUUCAAGGAUAAUAUGGCAGAUUACUGAAUAAAAUGUGAAUUGUA